AGUAAAAUGGUGAUAAACUAUCUCGAAAAAUUAUUUGUGACCUCCGAUGCCUCCACAAUCGUGAAAGAACUCGACGUCCAACACCCUGCCUGCAAAUUAGUCGUGAUGGCCAUCCAACACCAAGAACGAGAAUGUGGGGACGGGACAACCCAAGUGCUCCUUCUUUGUGUCAAUCUUCUCGAAAAUGCAGCCAAACUUUUAAAAUCAGGACUUCCUCUUAAAGAUGUGAUUUCAGGAUUUCAAAACGCUUUGGAUUUUUGUUUAAAGACCCUCCCCGGUGUUUUCACGGUGAAAUAUUUUUUAGAGUUGGUUGUGGACUCCCCGGUGGAUCUCAAAGACAAAAAUUCCCAAGUAAAGGCAAUUGCUGAGACUGGUUGUAACGUGGUUGUGUCUAUUGGGAAGGUUGGGGACAUGUAUCGACAUUUUGCGAAUAAGCAUGGACUCGUUCUUAUUAGAUUUACCUCAAAGUUUGACCUCCGUCGACUUUGUUUGCUGACGGGAGCCACUCCUCUCCCAAGAUUGGUGGUGCCUGAUCAGGGGGAGUUGGGGAGGUGUGAUUCUGUCCAUUUUGAGGAGAUUGGGAGCACUCAUGUUGUCCUUUUCAAGCAGACAAGUUUGGUGUCGACUGUCAUCCUGCGUGGUUCAUCUGACCAUAUUAUGCUGGAUGUGGAGAAGGCAGUGGAUGAUGGGAUCAAUGCCUUCAAGUCCCUCACGAGGGAUAAUCGGUUAUUGCCCGGGGGAGGGGCUGUGGAGUUGGAAUUGGCCAACAGACUGAAUGUUCUGUCGUGUCCUGGUGCAUUGGAGCAGUGUUCAUUGGCCAUGCUUGGAGUGGUGAGACAGAUUGGAGACAACGGGGGACUGAAGGGAACAGUCAAUGCAUUACUUGGUGAGCAUGUGAAGGGGAGUGUGAAUGCGGGGUAUAUUGCGGAGGGGGAUAGUCUUCGAAUGGGGGAUGUUGUGGAGGCUGGAUUGUUUGAUUUGUAUAACACUAAGCAUUGGGUGAUAAAGAAUGCAUUUAAUACUGCUAUUACUAUUUUGAGGAUUGAUGAGGUGAGGGGUGUUUUGUAUUUGUAGGUCAUCAUGUCUAAGCCAGCUGGAGGACCCCGACCGAGGGAGACGGGGACUAAUGCAGUGAGAGAUACUG